AUGAGUAAAGAACAAAAAGAAUUUGAUGGUACACUAGGAGCUAUUAGUUUAAUGAUAUUUUCUCAUUUUAUACCAUUUUAUUUUACUUUAUCAUUACGAUAUAAUUCCGGUGGUCUUUAUUAUCCAUCAUCGUUUAAUGAAUUUAUAGAAAAUGUUCAAGAAACAUAUUCACCAACCUGGUCAGCUUGUUAUCUUUAUAUGGGAUUUUUUCUUAUACAACUUAUACUUGCUGCUAUUUUACCUGGUCCUGAAGUUAAAGGUUUAUCUGUACCUACUGAAAAUAAUCGAUAA